AUUCCUCGGUUCCCACCGUAUAACACUCGUCCCUGUCGAUUUGCAAAUUACCCUAAAAGAACUCUAAGAUGGAGCAGACCUUUAUCAUGAUCAAGCCUGAUGGCGUUCAAAGAGGCCUUGUUGGUGAAAUCAUUGGUCGAUUUGAGAAGAAGGGUUUCUCUUUAAAAGGAUUGAAGUUUGUGACUGUGGAACAAGCUUUUGCCGAGAAGCAUUAUGCUGAUUUGUCCUCAAAGCCUUUCUUCAAUGGUCUAGUUGAGUACAUCAUCUCUGGGCCUGUUGUUGCCAUGGUUUGGGAAGGCAAGAACGUGGUCACCACUGGUCGCAAGAUCAUUGGUGCUACAAACCCUGCCGAGUCUGCCCCUGGCACCAUCCGUGGGGAUUUUGCAAUCGACAUUGGCAGAAAUGUGAUUCACGGCAGUGAUGCUGUUGAAAGCGCAAAGAAGGAGAUUGCUCUGUGGUUCCCUGAGGGUGUUGCUAACUGGUCUUCCAGCCUUCACCCAUGGAUCUAUGAAUAAAUGGUUGUUGAGAGUGUGAUUUAAGCUUAUUAUGUUACAACCACCCUUUAUUUGUCUUGCUGUUAGGGUGUAAUCUGUUGUCAACUGGUCUUGUUAAUGGAUUUUGAUGUCGUGAGGAACUUUUUGGUAUGGUAAAUCUGUUUUAUUAUCAUGUUCGUUCUCUAA